AUGCAGACUGUCAUCCCCGUCAUCAUCUUACUCUAUGCUGCUCUGUUCACACAGGCAUGGCCCGGAAUGGAGCGCACUCUGGGAGAGCUGCAUUCCAUCCAAAAAAGGGACCCUUCCACCCCGGAACUGCUAGCGGACCUCAUUUAUCUCAAGGACCACGAGCUCACUCCAACAGGAAAGCUCAUUAAAGACAUGCUAUUGCUUGAGAAUGCCACGGCACCCUGGGUUCAAGACACCGUCACCGUAUACAAAGCACCAGGACCGCUUGGGAGCCGGGAGUGUCGCAAGGAAACCUGCUGCGUAUGGAAAUAUGUCGCAGAGGAGAUGGCCAAAGAUUUUAGGGGAUCUUCAGGCCGCUGCAACAUGCUCGCUCGCCAAGCAAUCCGCCUCGGAUUCCAUGAUGCCGGCACCUGGUCAAAGACAAAGGGCGGCGGCGGGGCUGAUGGCUCGUUUCUCUUCGCCGGCGAAAUUGCGCGGAGCGAGAAUCGGGGGCUUGAAGAAAUCAACAAUAAGGCCUGGGAAUACUACCACAAAUUUCACAAAUAUGGAGCCGGCAUGGCAGAUCUCAUCCAGAUGGGAGCCAACGUGGCUGCUGUGGUUUGCCCCCAAGGCCCACGGAUUCGUACAUUUGUUGGUCGUAACGACAGUCAUUCUCCAUCGCCAGAGGGUAGGCUGCCACUUGCUACGGGAGAUGCUGUUCCCCUGAUCGAACUUUUUGAAGAUAAGACUAUUGACCGGGGCGAUCUGAUUACCCUUCUUGGGGUGCAUACGUUGGGUCAGCAACGAUUCGAGGACAAUGCUAGGGCGGGUGAUCCUCACUCGACAACCCCAGGCGUGUGGAGCACAAACUUCUACAGAGAGACUGUGAAAAAUGAUUCGGCACAGAGGAUUUUCAAGUUUCACAGUGACGUGUCUGUUGCCAAUUAUGAAGAAUCGAUCCCCCUAUGGAGUCUAUUCUCCGACCCCGAGAACGGGCUCAGUGUCUGGAAUGAUGGUUACGCUGCUACGUACACUCGUCUCAGCAUCCUAGGUGUCCCGCAUAUCAACAACUUGAUCGAGUGCACCGGGGUCUUGCCGUUACGCACCGAGAAGUACACCUCCCCAGAUCAAAAGGAGGUGAACGAGUGGAUUAACAGUGACCGCGCCCCCAUGCGAGAGGAGGCAAUCUUACUAAUGAAUGGCGGGUCUCUGAAGCAAAUGAAGUAA